AUGUCGCAACCCCGGUUAUUACGAGCAUCCCGAUUGUCUUUUCUUUUUUCUUCGACGAAUUAUUUUAGGCAAAGGGCUCUAUUCUCUACUUCAUCGAGUUUGGGCUUGCGCCGGCGGCCGAUCCGUCGAACUACAAUAGCUGCUCCAAGACAGGCACAGCAAGCCAGCGAUCCAGUCGCUCCUCCAAGUGUAGACAAUUUAUCCGCAAGCUCAAAGCCGGAGCCCCAGGUUGUCAGAAGCCAUGAUGCUACUAAAGAUACCAUCACAACAAGCGUCUUGCCUAAUAGCAACGCAUCAGAAGCACGAAAAGCGAAGGCCCCAAAACCGAGGGGACCUCUACCAAAAGGCAUAAAACCUUACCAGCAAGUAUUGUUCCAGAGUGAAUCCCUGCGUUUCAAAGAGGGCUCAUCUGUACCCGUCGGUGCGUCUAAGGAGGACCACUCGCCUCUCGCGGCAGCCGAAAAGUUCUUUGGGGAAGAUUGCCGGAUUCUCUACUCUGCAGAGUCUUUUUAUCACCAUCCUCAUAACGACCAUAUACCAGAGAUUGUGGUAUUGGGUGCCUCAAACGCUGGGAAAUCGUCGUUUCUCAACGCUCUUGUUGGCGGCAUGGAGGUGGCUAAGGUAAGCCAUAAGCCGGGUAAAACGACUACUAUGAAUGCAUAUGGUGUCGGGCCACGCCCAAAGAUUGCCAAGGAGCUUGUUCGGAAGGGCGAUGCGCCCCCCAAGCACAGUCUGGUACUCAUGGACACACCAGGUUAUGGCUUCAAGAGUCAGGAGGAUUGGGGAAAGACAAUUCUCAAGUAUCUCAAUGCCAGAAAGAUGCUUCGAGGCGCGAUUAUCUUGAUACCGGCCGACAAGAAGCUCCAGGAAACAGACAGAUGGAUGCUGAGGACCCUUGCUCGGUCAAAUACUCGAACCCUGGUUGUUAUCACCAAAGCGGAUAAACCUGGUGAUAGAUGGCAAGAUGCUUGCCAUAACCUUUAUACUCAGAUCCAAGGCAUCGUAAGCGGUCUUGAGGCACAGUCAGCUGCAAGCUGGAGAGAAGGCUCCGAUCGUAUGCUCGAUGUUUAUGCCACAGCUUCCAAGAUUGCGUUUAUAUCCCGCCAAAUGGGCAACGGCGGUGGGAUUGGGGGUGUUCGACUUGCAAUACUGGAAAUGGCCGGCUUCUCUUUGGGGGAUAGGAUCGAAAAGCAGCCCGAGACGAAAGCCUACACUGGACAAAUUGUCUCGUUUGACGAUAUUGUUUGGAAAUCUUGA